AUAAAACGAGGUUUGUUGUUGAAGUAUACCCUUUGCUCACGAAGAAGGAAGACGAAUUUAGAAUCUAAGUGUCCGUUCAACAACGAUACAUGCUAGAGAAACCAAAGUACGAUUUGCAAAGUGCAAUUUAUAUUGCUCAAACUUUGGAGGGUUGCAAGAGCAGCAAGGUCUCAUCGAAGACACGAGGCAGAUCCCGGCUUUCGCAAAGUGCGUCGGAAACGUUCGGCGAUGGCAGGAUGGUGCACCAUCCAAUAACAAAUGGCCGUCGAAUGGCGCCGCAUCCAUAUUCCAGAAAAUGCCCGCCUGUCCGACCGAGAUCACUGUCAUGCAGUACAACAAACUCCAAAAAGUCUUAUGGCGAUUUGCUCACAAAAAGACCCCUGCAGGGACUAUUUCCAGAACAGGGAAAGACAAGUUUGCCUCCUGAAGAUAUAGCAAGGAUUCAAAACUUAGUAGAGCCAAAAUUUUCAAUCUUUGGAGGCAUUUAUGAUUGCAAUGAGACUCCAAAACCAUUCCAAGAUUAUUUCACAUCAGAGAGUGAUCGCAAGAGAAAGAUUCUGAAAUAUCUGCAAGGUGCCAUAGAUGAUGUUUCAAUAAAAAGUGAAGAUGAGUCAGAAAGCAGCCUAAUGGAAUUCAAUGAAAUGGAUUUUGGCAUGAGCCCGCAAAUUGCCGACAAUGUGUUUUCAGUUGGACAGCAGCUUCCAGACGAGGUAUUGAUGAUAGCCGAUUAUCAGGUAGCAAGUGAUCAGAAAGUCGAACAAGAUUUUGACAGUACACUGGCUCAGUGUGAAGAAGCAGUGAGUCCCCUUUCAAAGCUUGAGGAGAUGAAGAGACUUCUUCCAGCUGUUGAAAUGAAAGGAGCCUCAUCUUCAUCGGCACUUCCUGGUAGUCCAGGAUCACCUGCAAGCUCUGUGUCAUCUGGCUCAAGUAAAGAAGCAGAUAAAGGGCCUGUCUCCAAAAAGCUGGUUUCGCCUUACAGUGGUAUUGGUCAGAUGUAUUUGUGGCAAUUCAUAGUGCACGCACUUGCAAAAGGUGAGCAUGGUAUAGCUUGGGUGAACCAGGAUGCCUGCGAGUUCAAGUUCACACAUACAGAUGCCAUUGCAAAAGCUUGGGGAAGAUGCAAAAACAAUACAAAUAUGACCUACGAAAAGAUGUGUCGAGGCCUGAGAGGCUACUACAAGAGCAUUCUGCGUAAAGUACCAGAUCACCGUCACGUGUUUCAGUUCAUUGACGAAGAUGUGCAAAACCUCUGCAAGACAAUGCAAAAUGUUGAGGGAUCCAGCUCAGUUGGGCUGCUACCCUAAAGAACUGUAAAGACAUUUCUUUACACGCGUAAAGUUGGUAGGAAUAUAUCUAUACAUUUUGGCUUUAUGGUGACGUCGGCAUGCAACUUUCCAUGACGUUUUUAAAGUAAAUGUUUCUAUUCGCCAGUUGACAAUCAACUGAAACCCC